AUGCAUUUCCACACAGCCUAAGUUAAUCAAUCAAAAUGGCUUCUUCAAUGCCUUGCCUAGUCCUACUCUUGGGCAUCGCCUGCCUGCUGCAGGCAUCGCUGACCGCGGCAGACCCGCCGCAGCGGCCAUCAUGGGAGCUGCCGGAAUCCGAGGUGAGGUCCAGGUGGACGAGGUGGCAAACCAAGUACUCGAAGCGCUACCCGAGCCACGAGGAGCAGGAGAAGCGGUUCGGAAUCUUCAAGACGAACACCAACUCCAUCGGCGCUUUCGCCAGCCAGACAACGGUCAACGGCGGCGUCGGCUCGUUCGGCCCCCAGACCGUCACGACGGUCAGGGUCGGCAUGAACAGAUUCGGCGAUCUCAACCCCAGCGAGGUCGCCGAGCAGUUCACCGGGUUCAACAACUCCGUCUUCACCCCAGAGCCUCCAACCCCGCUCCCCUACGACUCAUGGAAACCGUGCUGCGUUGACUGGCGCUCGAGCGGCGCCGUCACCGGCGUCAAGUUUCAGGGUUCUUGCUUGUCAUGCUGGGCAUUCGCGGCCGUGGCGGCCAUCGAGGGCAUGAACAAGAUCAGGACCGGCGAACUGGUGUCUCUGUCGGAGCAGCAGCUUGUGGACUGCGACACCGGUAGCAGUGGCUGCAGCGGCGGCCGCACAGACACUGCCCUGGGCCUCGUGGCUGCCCGCGGCGGCAUCACGUCAGAGGAGAGGUACCCGUACAGCGGCUUCAAGGGCACCUGCGACGUGGACAAGCUGUUGUUCGACCACCAGGCGUCCGUCAAGGGAUUCAAGGCCGUGCCGCCCAACAACGAGCGGCAGCUGGCGCUGGCAGUGGCGCGGCAGCCCGUGACGGUGUACAUCGACGCCAGCACGUGGGAGUUCCAGUUCUACUCCGGCGGCAUCUUCCGGGGCCCCUGCUCCUCCGACGCCGCGAGGGUCAACCACGCCGUCACCAUUGUCGGCUACUGCGAGGAGUUCGGUGAGAAGUUUUGGAUAGCCAAGAACUCGUGGAGCAACGAUUGGGGCGACCAGGGAUACAUCUACCUCGCCAAGGACGUUGUCGGGCCGACGGGCACAUGUGCCCUCGCCACCUCGCCCUUCUACCCGACGGCUUGACCGAUGCCGGCUUGCCGGUAGAGUUUUUAAAUUUGCGUGCGCACAAUAGUUGCUUACGUUUAGUGCAUCGAUCGUACGGGUUGUUAAGAAUGAUCGAUGGUUGUGUGUUAUUGUUUCCCUUAUCAUUGUGAUAAUACAAAAUAAAAUAUUGAUUGUGUUUA